AGAGGAGAAGGAAGUUCUUGUGAUCGUUUGGAAGCCGAUCUGAAAAACAUUGGGUGACAUCAGCAUGGCUCUUUCACGAGCACAAUCAAAGACCCGAGUUGCAGGAGCGGGAGUCAGACGCCAGUCGACGCCGAUGCGGCUCCCUGGGCCACCCAUCAAUACGCAACCACAAGCACGACUGGCACCAAUGCUCGUUGCACCUCAACCCUUCGUGGGACCAAAUCUAGUCACACCAGGUCCGGAACGAAUGGGAGCUGCAGCGCCGCAAGCGAUGCCGCAAUUCCUUGGUGCGCCUACUGCUGCGUGGCCACAAGCAGGGAUGACAGGAGCCAGUGCCGCAGCUCAACCUGUGCCAGGACGAAUCUUAGGCGCACCAGUUACAACUCGGGGUUCGAAGGCUUGGCAAGAACCAUUUCGAGUUCCGGCGGAGGCUCAGGUUCAAGGGGCACCAGUGAUACAACAGCCGCAAAUAGUGCUAGCACACCGUAGCGGCUCCGUGCACGAGCAACCAGCGAAACCGAGAACUCGUGCGUCUAUACCUGGGUGCACUCCAGGACUGGAAUACCUAGUGGGUGUAUCUCAGAUUUUCAUCCAUCCACAACCACUUCUUGUCGAAGUGCUGAAUCGCUACAAUCCCGAGGACAGAUACGUUGCGAAAAACAACCUAAAUGAAACUCUCUACAAUAUCGGCGAAGUACACACAUGUCCUACCCGAUACUGGUGGAAGCAAUCCCGGAGCUUGGAAAUGCACGCCUUCGACGUGAAAGGCCGUGUUGCUAUGAGAUUCGUUCGGCCCUAUCGAUGGCAGAGUACCUAUCGGGGAUGCUUUUGCUGUUGCCUCAUACAGGAAAUAGAAGUGCAAGCACCACCUGGAAGGACAGUGGGCUUCGUCUACGAGGAAUGUUCACUGUACAAAUCGUCAUUCAGCAUCUGCGACCGCAAGGGAAUUCCGACAAUGCGGGUCAUAGGGCCUUGCUUUACGCAGAGCUGGGCAUGUUGCCCCGAUGUCAAGUUUCAGGUUUACACACUGGGAAACAAGAGGCUCGGCGCGAUAACGAAGCAAGGUGCCGGGGCUGGACAGGAGAAAUUCGUCGAGGCGUGGGGCUUCAGCAUCGCUUUUCCCGUCGAGCUUGACGUGCACGCCAAGACCUGCCUCAUCGCCUGUGCGAUGCUAAUUGAUUACAUGUUCUUCGAAGAAAAUGAGCUUUGGACGUGCUUCUGUCCGGGAACUCCAAGGAAAAAAAUCUGAAAGUCGUUCAACAAUGCUCGAGCUCAGCUCUACACAAUAAUAUAUAAUGCAGUGGCGUUACGUGGACAGUAACCAGAAGAGAGCUUGCUUGGUGUUCUUGUGGCCAGCUUACCUAUACGGAUUAAACUGUACCGUGAUUGUCUGAUCCA